AUGAUUGCUUUUCAAGGACAUCCGGAUAAGGGGACUGAGAGAGUAGAUAUGGGACUUUUCCUCAUAAAAGCCUAUAUAGGUGGGUGGUAUGAUAGUAAGUCUUUUCCUACUGAUGUGUUCAGUCGAUGGCUUGAUUCUCCUCCGGGCGUGAAUUGGAAGGGCCAAGGGUUUACAAUGAAACAAAUUGCGUAUAAUUUGCACGGCGAUACGAACAGUAUAGAAUUUCUGCACUCCUUAUAUGCAGACUUAGUUAGUCAAGGGAAGGGGUGCAUAGCCAAUACUUCCUUCUCAGAAGUGGCUACGAACCACGGUGUCGGGGGUUCGAAUCCACUUCUGAGCGGGCUGGCGGCUCCACCGGGAGCGAGCCUACUGAAGGAAAGUUUUAUUGUUGAACUUCUAUUUUUAUCCAAUAUUUAUCUUUUGUUUGGAAAAACCAAACCCACAUAUUGA